CCACUACAAUCUACCGAGGGCGAUAAAGUGAAACUCUGUCUCUACAAAAAAUAACUAAAUAAAUGAAUUAAUUUAAUUAAUUAAUGCAUUUUUCUCUGCCCGGACCACUCUUUGAGAACAGCUGGCGUGGAGUAGCCCCGGGACGCCUACCUAGCCUGGAGGAACCCAAAGCGAAAAGUCCCGGCCGCGCCGAGGCGAAGUUAGUGCUGAGAACUGAAACGUUCCCGGGAUCGGUAGAGAAUCGCCCGGUCUAGAGACGACUCGGAAACCGGCCACCAGCGCCGCCGAGGCGGGGCCGGACCUGGCAGCGGGCGGCGGGUUCGCGCAGGGCUCGGGGCAGAGGCGGCGGCGGCGGAGCCUGGCAGCGCGGACUCCGCGAAACGCCCGAGCGCCCGCCCGUUCCCGCCGCGGGGAGGCCGGCCCCGGGAGGAGGAGCGCGGCCAGGUGCGCCAGGUGGCCGCCCCCGCCUUUCCUCACAGCUGCGUCUGCGGCCUCCCGGGAGCGACGCCGGACUCGCGUCGCGCGUGUCCCCCGGGUUCCUCUCUGCCGACCGCUGGCUUUUCCUCGGUCUGUGCACGGGGGCCACCCCCGCCCUGCGGAGAGCGAGGCCCAGAGCGUCGUCGAGGUUUGGGGGGCGCUGGAGACCGAGGGCCUGGCGACCGCAGGAACCACACCCAAACGGGAGUCCGGCCCGGGCACGGCUGGAACAUGUCCCAAGGGACACAGUUGCCAGACUAUGUUUACAAUUCUGGCUCUACUCAGCCACCUGCCCAUGAUUACCUUGGCAUUUCCUCAUUGCACGAGAAGUCCAAAGGAUUCUAAGCAUGUAGCAGAAGAAGUCUUUACAUCAAAAGAAGAAGCAAACUUUUUCAUACAUAGACGCCUCCUAUAUAAUAGAUUUGAUUUGGAGCUCUUUACUCCUGGUGACCUAGAAAGAGAGUGCAAUGAAGAACUUUGUAAUUAUGAGGAAGCCAGAGAGAUUUUUGUGGAUGAAGAUAAAACGAUGACGUUUUGGCAGGAAUAUUCGAUAAAAGGACCAACCACAAAAUCAGAUGGUAACAGAGAGAAAAUCGAUGUUAUGGGCCUUCUUACUGGAUUAAUUGCUGCUGGAGUAUUUUUGGUUAUUUUUGGACUACUUGGUUACUAUCUUUGUAUCACUAAGUGUAAUAGGCAACGACAUCCAGGUUCUUCAGCCGUCUACAUAAGAAGGGGCAGGCACCCUCCCUCCAUCAUUUUCAGAAGACCUGAAGAGGCUGUCUUGUCUCCAUCACCACCUUCUGUAGAAGACACAGGAUUACCUUCUUAUGAACAAGCAGUGGCACUAACCAGAAAACAAAGUGUUUCACCACCACCGCCAUAUCCUGGGCCAGCAAAAGGAUUUAGGGUAUUUAAAAAGUCUAUGUCUCUCCCGUCCCACUAAGUCCACCUUGCCAUCUUAGCACAAGAAAUUCAUGUUAUUUGAAUGGUCGGUUCUCCCUGAACCAAAAAGACAUGUCUGUUCAGUUCUUUAGGACAAACUACAAAGAAUAAAGGAGGAAUGAACACAUGUACUGCACCACAGAUGUUACUGUCUGCAACUUGGACCUGAACUUAAUCAUUAUCAGCUUGAUAAGAGACUUUGACUCCAUAUCCUUGCAGUUAAGAAAAAAGCACUUUUGGGAGGCGCCUGUGGCUCAAGGAGUAGGGCGCUGGUCCCAUAUGCUGGAGGUGGUGGGUUCAAACCCAGCCCUGGCCAAAAAAAGAAAAAAGCACUUUUUAAUAAUUUUUUUCAUGAUCCAAAAAUAUCUUUGUUAUAGAUAACGUAGAAUUAGUAAAACUAUUUGUGUCCUUUGUAUAAAUAUAGAUAAAGGUUGUGGAUUUCUAGUAUUGAAUAUUUAAAAAGUAAGAAUUUCGAAUCAUUGGGUGGCGCCUCUGGCUCAGUGAGUAGGGCGCCGGCCCCAUAUGCCGAGGGUGGCGGGUUCAAACCCAGCCCCGGCCAAACUGCAACAACAACAAAAAAAUAGCCGGGCGUUAUGGCGGGCACCUGUAGUCCCAGCUGCUCGGGAGGCUGAGGCAAGAGAAUUGCGUAAGCCCAAGAGUUAGAGGUUGCUGUGAGCCGUGUGACGCCACGGCACUCUACCCGAGGGCAGUACAGUGAAACUCUGUCUCUACAAAAAAAGAAAAAAAAAAAAAGAUUAUCCAUAGCUAGGCGUUGUGGUGGGCAACUGUAAUCCCAGCUACUUGGGAGGGUGAGGCAAGAGAAUCACUUAAGCCCAAGAGGCAAGAGAAUCACUUAAGCCCAAGAGUUUGAGGUUGCUGUGAGCUGUGAUGCAACAGCACUCUACUGAGAGUAACAUAGUGAGAUUCUGUCUCAAAAAAAAAAAAUUUAUCCAAAGUCGUGGUAUUGGAACCACUCUUUCGUACGAUUUCUUUUUGGUUGAAAAUAUGACACAGAAUUUAACAUUUCAAUAUCAAUCUGUGACCUUAAUAUAAUCACUUGGUUUUAUAUUUUAAAUUAAUUACAUAGUACUUACCAGAUUUUAUAUGCUUUAGUUCUUAAUUCUUGCCAUCAGUUAGGUUUCAUUAUAGGGAGUAGGGUGAGUAGUUUUCAUUUUUUUUUUUUUUUUUUGAGACUCUGUUGCCCUAAGUAGAGUGCAAUAGCAUCAUCAUAGCUUAUUGCAAGCUUAAUCUCCUAGGCUCUAGUAAUCCUGCUGCCUCAGCUCCUGAGCAACAGGGACUACAGUUGCACACUACUAUACCUGACUAAUUUUUUCUAUUUUUGGUAGAGAUAGGAUCUUGCUCUUACUCAGGCUGGUCUCAAACUCCUAACCUUAAACAGUCAUCUCACUUUGACCUUCCAAAGUUCUAAGAUUAUAGGUGCAAGCAAGUGUACCCAGCCUAAUAGUUUUCCUUUAAAAAAAAAAAGUUGUGGGUGGCGCCUGUGGCUCAGUGAGUAGGGCGCCGGCCCCAUAUGCCGAGGGUGGUGGGUUCAGGCCCAGCCCGGGCCAAAAACUGCAACAAAAAAAUAG